GUAGAAUGAGCUGAUAUUUAUGAAGUGUUUUGAUAAUUUUAGUGCAUUUUGAAUGUAAACUAAACUGCUGUGCCAAGAUGAAAGAUAUUUUGGAGAACUAUGUGAAAAAGAGUUGAGAUGUAAAUCCAUCAAUGGCUGGUGGACCAAUUCAGAUGAAACCCAAUCAUCUCUCAAUAUGAAAAGUUGGAUGUUGGUUAGCAGUGCUGCUCUGUCAUUGGUCAAACUCCUUCAGGGUUUCUGCUGUGACCUUCAACUCCAAACCAAGGUUGUGAUAAUGAUCCACCCACAACUCCCCUCCAUCAGAACACUUAUAUAGCACUGAAAACAGGCCGGCACUGAUCUCUGCUCAGAUGCAUAGCUGCAUAUUAAUGUCAAAUUUAUAAAAACUAUUAUCUAUAGGAUUGCAUUACCAUGUCCAGCAUCUCUUCAGUGACUCUGCUUUACUGUUUCUGUGCUGGUCUGCUGGUACUGAUAUUGGUGAAAUGCAUGCUGGGACAGCACAGAUCCUCCAGAAGCGGCGUGUCAGUGCCGUGUUUGCCGAGGUUGCCCGUCGUGGGGAGUUUACUGCAUCUGCGCUCUCCUCUGCCUCCUUAUCUGCUCUUUACGCAGCUGGCCGGCAAGUACGGAUCCCUGUUUGGCUUGUACGUGGGUCCACAUUACACGCUGGUGGUGAACGAGGUGAGUCUGAUGAGAGAGGUUCUGCUGCAGCGUGGACGAGAGUUUGCUGGACGACCCAAGAUGGUCACGACAGAUAUUUUGACGCACGGUGGGAAAGACAUCGCAUUUGCAGACUACAAUACACUGUGGAAGAACCAUCGGCGACUGGUGCAGUUUUCAUUUACAUUGUUUGGGGAGGGAUCCAAUAAACUACAGUCCAUUGUUCUGGAUGCUGCAGACAGUCUCUGUGAGGAGCUCCAGAAUUGCAGCGGUCAGAGUUUAGAUCUCAGUCCUGUUUUAAUGCGAGCCGUGACUAAUGUGGUGUGUAGGCUGGUGUUCAACUCCUCAUACAAACCCAAUGACCCUGAACUCCUCAAGGUCAUGGACUAUAAUGAUGGCAUCAUCCAGACCAUUGCUAGAGGAGGACUCGUCGACAUCUUUCCCUGGUUAAGAAUUUUUCCCAACAAGGACCUGGCCAAGCUGAAAAAGUGUGUAUCUGUUAGAGAUCAACUUCUAAGCAAGAAACUUCUGGAGCACAAGAUGACCCUUACACGUGGAGAGCCACGUGAUCUGCUGGACGCUCUUCUGAUUGGUCAGAUGAAGGGGUCAGGUGCGGAGGAUGACAUCACAGAUGAUCAUGUGCUCAUGACCGCAGCGGACGCUUUUGGAGCGGGUGUGGAGACCACAUCCACAACACUGCUGUGGACGAUAGCAUUUUUACUGCAUCACCCUCAGGUGCAGAAACGUAUCCACAAUGAGCUGGAUGAGGUUCUAGGAAAGAACCGCCCACCUGCUCUGAGUGACAGGUCCAGUUUGCCAUUUCUAGAGAGCGUUGUUUGCGAGGUGAUGCGGAUCCGUCCGGUCAGCCCAAUCCUCAUUCCACAUGUUGCUAUGCAGGACACCAGUUUGGGAGGUCACACAGUUCCUAAAGGAACCAGAGUUCUGGUGAACAUGUGGGCGAUCCACCACGACCCCAAACACUGGGAUGAGGCAGACAGAUUUAGACCAGAUAGAUUUCUGGACACAUCUGGGAAGAGAAUCACUCCGGACAGUUUUCUGCCAUUCGGGGCCGGACCUCGCGUGUGCGUGGGUGAAUCUCUGGCUAGAAUUGAGCUCUUUCUGUUUAUCAGCUGUCUCUUGCAGAGGUUUAACUUCAGCGUGCCAUCAGGAGCUCCUUUACCAGACCUGCAGGGACGCUUCGGCCUAGUGCUACAACCACAACGCUACACUGUGAGAGUUACACCGCGAUACUGACAGCCACUUGCUCUGUCCUGUAAAGUUCAGCUUCAAACCCAGUCAAGCACACCUAAACACCUGCUCAUCAAGCGUUUCAAUGUCUUCCUUAAAGGGCCAAUACUCUGGCUUAAAAGCACAUUAUUUUGUGUAUUUGGUGUGAUUUAUGGUAAAAAAAACCUGUACAUUAUUGUUGCUCCUCUAUGCCCUGCCUUUGAUUUGUACAAAGCUCAAAAAAAUGGCAAGCAAUUAUGCAGUUGAUCAGUGCUUCCCAAUCCUGCUCCUUAACCACUCCCCCAAAAAGUUUUAGAUAUCUCCUUAUUGAACACACCUGAUUUAACUCAUCAGCUUGUUAGGGAGACAUGUUUUUCAUUUUGAAAGGAGGCUGAUAAGUUGAAUCAGGUGUUUUAAAUAAGGGAGACAUCUAAAACUUUUUGGGAGGGGGUGCUCGAGGACCAUGAUUGGGAACUGCAGUAGAUCUCCAGAAACAGGGUUGGGGUGACCCCUGCUGUAAACACUACAUUUAUAAUGUAAAUAUUUCCACUGCUAGCCACUAGAUGAUGCCAUUGAAUUUUUUUAGUUCACCAUCUGUAAAUUCCUAAGUUGUUUCUGUUUCAGGUUAUUAUAAUAGUAUGCUAGCUCACUACACUGCAAAAAAGUGACUUUCUUAGUAUUUUUUUGUUUUUAGUAAAAAUGUCUAAAAAUUAAAAAACAAAA